AUGUCUACUUCACCUGCAAAAGCCACCUGGAACCCUGCAUUCCAUAAAGUAUUUGUCGGGUUAUGUCUGCGAGAAGUCUUGAAGAUGAACGAGCCUGGGGCGCGGCUUACCAAGGAGACUUGGUGCAGCAUCGUUGAAUCCUUUUAUGAAAAGACUGGCGUGACGUAUGACAAGAAGCAGUUUAAGAAUCACUAUGAUUCCACCAGGAAAUUAUGGAAGAUUUGGGAUAAGUUGACUCAUGAUAGUAGCAUGAAAUGGGAUUCGGAAACUUGUAAGUUUGAUGCUUCUGAGGAAGACUGGUGCGAUUAUAUAAAGGAAAAUCCAGAAGCUGCCCAGUUUCAGUCUAAGGAAAUCCUGUUUAAAGAUGAACUGGAUAUUAUCUUUGAUGCAGAAAUGCCUCCUGAGGAAAUUCGAAAUUCGAUACGUCUUAAGUGGCAGGAUAAUGCUAGAGCCACAUCUUUGCACGGAAAAGGGCGUGGGAGGAAGCGUAAGUGUGUUGUUAGGAAUUAUGAAUUAAAUACUUCUGCUAUUGUUAAUUCGACGCUAACUCCAAAAGCCAAUUGGACACCUGCAUACCAUAAAAUCUUUGUGGAUUUAUGUCUUGAUGAAACUUUGAAGGGGAACAAAGCUGGGUCACAUUUUACCAAGGUGGGUUGGAGGAAUAUUAUGGGAUACUUUUAUUCAAAGACAGGUGUGAGAUAUGACAAAAGACAAAUUAAGAAUCACUAUGACUCGACCAGAAAACAAUGGAAAAUCUGGGUUAAAUUGAUUGGUGACGAUAUCAUGAAAUGGGACCCAGAAACCACUAAGUUUGGUGCUUCAGAGAAAGAGUGGAUCGAUUAUCUUAAGGAAAAUCCAGAAGCUGCACAAUUCCGCUUUAAGGAAAUCCUGUUUCCAGAGAAAUUGGACAUCAUCUAUGGCGGCGACAGUAUACAAACCGGGGAAAUGCAACCAUCAUCUAGUAGUGAGAGACAUAAAGAUGAUUCAGGAACACCAACUCCUUUAUAUGGAAAGCGAGGGAAGAAAUAUAAGAGUGUUGAAAAGGAUUUUGACUUUAAGAGUGCUAUUUUGGUUAAUGCUACACCAAUCAGUGCAAUUGCAAGUGAGCAAAGCAUUUCGCGUUCAUCACAUCAUAAGGUCAAAGCCACAUGGACCCCUUCAUUGCAUAAGACCUUUAUUGAUCUAUGUCUGCAGGAGACAUUAAAUGGAAAUAAGCCUGGGACACAUUUUACUAAGGAAGGUUGGAGGAAUAUUAUGGAUUCAUUUCAUCUGAAAUCUGGUUUGAAUUAUGGCAGAUUACAGUUUAAGAAUCACUGGGAUUCUACAAAGGAACAAUGGAGAACUUGGUCUAAGCUUGUUUCCACUAGUUACAUGAAAUGGAAUCUGUCUAAGCAUACCUUUGAGGCCAGUGACGAAGAUUGGACUUGCUAUUUACAGGCAAACCCAGAAGCUUCCCAAUUUCGCUAUAAAGAACUACAAUUCCCCGACGCAUUGGAAACCAUCUUUAAUGGUACUACUGUUACAGGGGAGACUGAACCUGCUGUGCAACAGAAGAAAAGUGAUGACAGCGUUAAUACUUUGCCAUCACACACAAAAGGACCUGAUGUAACCAGCUCAGAUGAGAAGACUGAAUAUCUUUGUGAUGCUGUUGCAUCAAGGAAUGGUGUAAGUAUUCAAAAGAAUACCUUCACAAUUUCGUCCGCUGAAGGCAAACGUAGUUAUAGUAUUGGUGAAUGCAUUGAAUGUCUUGAUGGAAUGGAAGAUGUAGAGCAAGGAAGUGACCUGUAUUUGUUUGCUCUAGACGUGUUCCUUAGGCAGGAACAUAGGGAAAUUUUUCUCCAAUUGAAAAAGCCUAAUCUGAGAAUCUCAUGGUUGCAGCGACUUCAGUCGGUUGGUCGGUCUUCACUCUAG